AUGGGUCUCCUCUCGCUCGGAACGCCGAUGGAAUGGAAGGAUGCCCAGCCUCUCGCCUCGCACGUGCGCAAGCAUGGCAUCCAGCAAUUCCUCUCGCUCUGGAACAAGAUCAAGGAUCGCCGCGGCGACAUUCUGCUCUGGGGAGACGAGAUCGAGUACAUCGUCGUCUCGUUCGACGAAGAGACCAAGAAUGCAAAGCUCUCGUUGAGGCAGGAGGAGAUCCUCAAGGUGCUGUCGGCCAGCGACAAGGAGACGCGCGCGUCGGUGCCAGGCCUCGCGGGUCAGAUCCCCACCUUCCAUCCAGAGUACGGCCGCUUCAUGCUCGAGUCGACGCCAGGCUCGCCGUACGGUGCGAGUCCCAAGGAGCUUCGAGGCGUCGAGCGCAACAUGCGUCUGCGAAGGCAGAUCGCCCGUUCGCACCUCAAACCCAACGAGCUGCCCAUCACGCUUACCUCGUAUCCGCGUCUCGGCGUCACCGAUGCGCCGUUCACCGAACCGCACUAUCCGGCCAACGGCAACGCGUCGCGCUCGCUCUUCCUUCCGGACGAGCUGAUCAACCCGCACGCACGCUUCCCUACGCUCACCGCCAACAUCCGCAAGCGUCGCGGCUCCAAGGUGGCCAUCAACAUGCCCAUCUUCAAGGACGUCAACACGCCAUCGCCCUUCAUCGACCCGAGCAUUCCCUGGGAUCGCGAUCUGUUCCCCGAGGAUGCCGAGGCCAAGGCGGGUGCGGCUAAGCCCGACCACAUCUACAUGGAUGCCAUGGGCUUUGGCAUGGGCUGCUGCUGCCUCCAGGUCACCUUCCAGGCAUGCUCGGUGCAAGAGGCGCGCACCGUGUACGACCAGCUCAUCCCGGUCGGACCUCUGUUGCUCGCUCUCACAGCGGCAUCGCCCGCCUACCGUGGCUACCUUGCCGACGUCGACUGCCGAUGGGACGUCAUCUCGGCUGCCGUCGACGACCGUACGCCGCAAGAGAGGGGUGAAGCGCCCCUUCCGCUCCCGGGUCACACGCCACGCGGCGGCCUGGACAGGGAUGCAGACAAGAUCCCCAAGUCGAGGUAUGACUCGGUGGACUCGUACAUCUCACAAGACCCUCUUAACCGACGCUGCUACAACGACAAUCCGCUGCCCAUCAACGACGAUGUCAAGGAGCAGCUGCGGCAGGCGGGUGUGGAUGAUCUGCUGUCCGACCAUCUGGCGCAUCUGUUCAUCCGCGAUCCGCUCGUCAUCUUUAGCGAGAUGGUGGACCAGGACGACGAGACGAGCACGGAUCACUUUGAGAAUCUGCAGUCGACCAACUGGCAGACGAUGCGCUUCAAGCCGCCACCGCCCGGUGGGCGCAUCGGCUGGCGCGUCGAGUUCCGCAGCAUGGAGGUGCAGAUCACCGACUUUGAGAACGCGGCGUUCUCGGUUUUUAUCGUGCUGCUCACGCGCGCCAUCCUGAGCUUUGGACUCAACUUUUACAUGCCGCUCACCAAGGUGGAUCAGAACAUGGCGCGUGCACACAAGAGGGAUGCGGUCAACACCGAGACGUUCUGGUUCCGCAAGGAGGUCUACCGCACACGCAACAGGCAUGCAUCGCGCCAGGCGUCGCGGCAGGUGUCGCGCGCAAGCUCGGCGGAAAACCUUCAGAACAGCGUCAACGGCAAUACCAAUGUUGGGGCGGGUGGCAGGUCGAGUCCGAACAGCCUUGCCUCGUCCGACUCGGAAGCCGUCGAGGAAGAGUACGCCGAGUUCACCAUGGACGAGCUGAUGAACGGCAAGGGCGACGAAUUCCCCGGUCUGGUUGGACUCGUACACAACUAUCUCGACAGCCUCAACAUUGAUGUCGAGACGCGAUGCGAGAUGGGACUCUACCUCGACCUGGUGUCGCAGCGCGCGAGCGGCAAGCUCAUGACCACCGCCACCUGGAUCCGCCAAUACGUGCGCAACCACCCGGCCUACAAAGGCGACUCGGUGGUGAGCCAGCAGAUCAACUACGACAUGAUCAAGCAGCUCGACCUCAUCGAGCGCGGCGAGGUGGAUGCGCCCUCGUUCCUGCCCAAGGGAUAUGCGCAGAGGCGCAAGGGCCACGAGGCGCAACCAAGCCUGAAGGCGUAG